AGAACGACUGCGGAGUAAAAUUCCUUACUGUGAAUUUUGUGAUAAUAAAAAUAGCGUGUAUCUCAUCCAUAUGGCGACAAAUAGUCCAGUAAGCGCAAUGCAGCAGGGCCCAGCAACCGGGCAGAAGCUGAAAAAGAAUGCUUCGUUCACGAUCUCGAGCGACAUACUGGACGAUCUGGCUAGUCGGUUCAUCAUCAACGUGCCCGUCGAGGAGCGACAAAACCUAAUCCGCAUCUGCUUCCAAGUGGAGCUGGCCCACUGGUUCUACCUGGACUUUUACUGCUCGGAAAUGAAGCAAAAGUGUGGCAUCAAACAGUUCGCGCAGCAAAUGUUCAAGCACGUCCCGUGUUUGCAACCGUACUGCCCAACCGUUGACGAUGUGCUGGAUAACUGGAAGCAGUAUAAAGUAACCGUCCCGACCUGCGGCGCCAUAUUGCUAUCGGAAGACCUCAAGCACGUGCUGCUGGUGCAGUCGUACUGGGCCAAAUCUUCCUGGGGCUUCCCGAAGGGCAAGAUUAACGAAAACGAAGAACCGAUCAAGUGUGCGAUCCGCGAGGUGUACGAGGAGACGGGCUACGACAUCAGUAAUCUCAUCGUACAGACCGAGUACAUCGAGCUGGUCAUCAACUAUCAGUACACCCGGCUGUACCUGGUGUCGGGCGUUCCGCUAACGACCGUCUUUGUGCCGAAGACGCGCAACGAAAUCAAAUGCUGCGAAUGGUUUCCGGUCGACCUGCUGCCAGUGACCAAGCACGAGAACAUCGUAAAAGACAACCAUCAGCUGACGGGUAACUCGUUUUUCAUGAUCCUUCCGUUCGUAAAGCGAUUGAAGAAGUGGCUGGAGUCGUAUCAGAAAGGUAAACCGGGUAACAAGGGUGGCGGGAAGGGGUUGAACAACAUGCAGAUGGGCAACUCGCCCGUGUUCGGUCGAGAAUCGGCCGGAAAGCAGAAGCUUUUCUAUGGCACCAACAUGAGCGGAGGUGGAAGUACAAACAAAAAUACCUACGACCAGCAGGCACUACAGCAGGAUAAAUCACAACGGCAGCGGCAGCGGCACAAAUCGAUGGGAGAGCUCGAACAGCCCGGUAUGCCACGGCCGAAGAACAAUAGCGGCACACCGCAGGUGAACCAGCAGCAGUUCUACAAAAACUCUUCCAACGCCAACCAACCGCCACAGUACCAGAUACUGAAGCGCGAGGACACCAUGCUGGCACAGAAGGUGGGUUUUAUGUCGGUUGGACCCGCACAGGAUCUUUCGCCCGCCCCAACCGAGGGAAUGGGAACGUCGAAGAAAAAACAGAGCAAAAGCAAGCAGGAACCAUCGUCCGCGGGAGGAGGGAUUGCAGGUUCCGGGGGCGUGGUGCCGCAAGUUGGUCAGGUGGAGCGACCCGGAAAACAACAGAUAAAGCGAAAGCUGUUCGCCAACGAUCCCUACGCCGAGUUCAACGAGAUUUCCGGAUGGGUUAGGUUCCAGUUGGAUUACAACAAAUUUGUAUUCUAACGCGUUUCUCGAAUUAUACGUCAGGUCACAAACAUGUCGAAUUUAUUACCCGUCCCUUUUCGAUAACUGUGACGGCAACAUUCGUUUAUACAACCAAAAGAAAUUAAUUUUACAAUAAAACG